AUGAGAAGUCAAGAUGAUGUUGUGGAAGGCGGACUGGACAUCUGCAGUGACUGGAUCUCGGUACUUGAAGAAGUGAGGACCUUCUUAUUGUGUAACUCUCAGAGGAUUUCUGCAGACAUGACUGUACAAAACCACACCAAAUUUAUGCUUGUUGGGUUCACAGUUGGGCCCCAAAUGCAAACAGGAGUAUUUGUGCUUUUCCUACUGCUGUAUUAUGUUUCUUUAAUGGGUAACCUGAUCAUUAUUGCAGCUAUCUGGCUGGACAAACGCCUCCAUAGUCCAAUGUAUUUCUUCCUAAGCAGCUUGGCUUUUUUGGACAUUUGGUUUAUAUCCUCAACCGUUCCCAAACUCCUCACUAUCUUAGUCAGUAGCAAUAAAUCUAUUUCUCUGCCUGCAUGUUUUCUGCAAUUCUAUUUUUAUGUGUCACUUGGUACCAUUGAAUUCUAUCUUCUAGCUGUCAUGUCUGUGGAUAGGUAUGUGGCUAUUUGCCAUCCACUGAGGUAUCACUCAAUCAUCACCAGUAAGACCUGUCUUUUGUGUAUUUUAAUGUCUUGGAUUGGAGGAUUCUUUACAUUCAUCUAUCCUACUUAUUUAAUGUUUGGUUUAUCUUUUUGUGGUUCUUUCGAAAUUAAUCAUUUCUUCUGUGACAGCUCUGCGGUGAUUAAAAUCAGUUGCUCCGACAUCCAAGUCUUUGAUUUGAUAUUCUCCGUUUUUGCAUCGGCUGUAAUAAUUGGUUCCUUUAUAACGACAUUAGUUUCCUAUUUUAACAUUCUUUUCACCAUCAUGAAGAUACCAUCAUCCAGUGGAAGAAAAAAAGCCUUUUCUACUUGUACUUCUCACUUCACUGUGGUCUCCUUGGUGUACGGUAGUGCCAUAUUUAUAUACGUACGACCGGUUGAUAGUUCUUCUCCUGACCUUAAUAAGGUUGUAGCUCUUCUUAACAGUGUUAUGACUCCUGUGCUAAAUCCAUUUAUAUACAGUCUACGUAACAAGCAAGUCCAAGACGUCCUCUGCAAUAUGAAAACCAGAUGUAACUUGACAAUUAUUACUGCUAUCUGUCUGGAUAAAUGCCUUUACAGUCCAAUGUAUUACUUCCUAACCAGCUUGGCUUUCUUUGACAUUUGCUUCAUAUCCUGCACAGUUCCCAAGAUUCUCGCUCUCUUAGUCAGUAAUAACAGAUUUAUUUCCCUGCCUGCAUGUGUUCUGCAGUUCUACAUAUAUGUGUCUCUUGGUGCCACUGAGUUUUGUCUUCUGGCUGUCAUGUCUGUUGAUAGCUCUGCUGUGGUGAAGAUUAGUUGCUCUGAUAUCCAAGCCUUUGAUCUUGUAUUUUCAAGCAUUGCCACAGCUGUAAUAUUGGGUUCUUUAACCAUAACACUCUUUUCUUACUUCAAGAUCAUUAUCACAGUCAUGAAGAUACCAUCGUCCAGUGAUCCUUUGCAGUUUGAACAAUUCUAUGUCAGUUUUGAAGGGAUCUGGUCUGGUAACUUGGACAGAUAUUUUUACAUCUUCUUUGCAUUGUUUGUGUCCCUUCUGUCCCUCUACGGGAUUGCGUUCUUCUUACGCCUCAAGUAUUCAUCCUUGAGGUUCCUGGUGAUUCGUGUGGAUCUGAACUUUGUACUAAAAAAGAAGAACUAG